GUUAUAUGCAAUCUAUGCCCCACACUCUCCACCACCACCAGCAGCACCAGCUUGUCCUGGAUCAGUGGAGAUGGGCUGAGGCGGAGAGGACAGACCCCGACAGCACCGAGACCGACGGCCGCGUAGAGCAGCAGUUACAGACUCUGGAUUUUUUUUUCCGGGGUCCCGCUUGCCCCCCCCACUCCUCCCCACUCCCGGCCCCAGCAGGCCAGGGAAUGUCCCGGCGGCAAGAUGCCUUACGUGGACCGACAGAACCGCAUCUGUGGCUUCCUGGACAUAGAGGAGAACGAGAGCAGUGGCAAGUUCCUGCGUCGUUACUUCAUACUGGACACGCAGCAGGGAAGCUUGGUGUGGUUCAUGGACAACCCACAGAACCUGCCUGCUGGUACAGACUGCGUAGGCUCCCUCAAACUCACCUACAUCUCUAAGGUCAGCGAUGCCACCAAGCUGAGGCCUAAGGCAGAAUUCUGCUUCGUCAUCAACGCUGGGAUGAGGAAGUUCUUCCUGCAGGCCAAUGAUCAGCAGGACCUGGUGGACUGGGUCAACGCUCUCAAUAAAGCCACCAAGAUCACUGUGCCAAAGUUGUCUGAUGGGCAGCAGAAUGCAGAGAACCAGAAGGCUUUACCGGAUGUCGUCGGGCCCAAGAAACAAGUCUCCUAUAAGACAGAGAUCAUCGGGGGAGUCCCCAUCGUCACCCAGACCCAGCAGGACGGCGGUGAUGGUGCAGACAGAACGGAGCGUGAGGCCAUGCAUCGGUCCCACAGCCAGCUGCCGUACUUCCUGGGCCGGCCCACUCACGAGCACACCGUCAUCAAGUCGGGCUACUGCGUCAAGCAGGGAGCCGUGAUGAGGAACUGGAAACGGCGAUAUUUCCUCCUGGAGGAAAACUCAAUGAGUUACUUCAAGUCAGAUUUGGAGAAAGAGCCGCUGAGAAUGAUCCCUCUGAAGGAAGUUCACAAAGUCCAGGAGUGUAAACAGAGCGACAUUAUGAUGAGAGAUAAUCUGUUCGAAGUCGUCACCACAUCCAGAACGUUUUACAUACAGGCGGACAGCCCAGAGGAGAUGCACAGCUGGAUUAAGGCUGUCUCAGGGGCCAUUGUGGCCCAGCGGGGGCCUGGGAGGUCUGCUGCCACAGACCACGGCGGCCGCUCCGCCUUCUACCGCAGCCCCGCGGGUCCCCCCGUCCCUCGCUCGCCCAUAUCUGCCAUGCCACCAUGCUACCCAGAGUGGGGCGCUGCUGUCACGUGCGGUACACGCCCGCAGCCUGGCGUGGGACAGCGAGCACUUCAUGAGCCUGCUGCCACGGCCCAGUCACAGCCACACGCCAGCACGCCUGUCCCUGCAGGAGACGCGCCUGGCAAAGUGACCUGCGACCCACCGGCGAUCACCAUCGACAACUCUGAGGAGUCACCGUGGCGACGACGGAGCAGCUUUGAGCCCCACAUGCCUGAGCCACACGUGGACCUGGAUGACGCUGACCUGCCAGUGAGCGAGGUCUGAGCCGUUGGAACUGGACUUUAAAAGCUUCCUGAUCUGGUUAUUGGACAUUAACAGAUUUAAAGAGGAAACCACGCACAUCAUGUGUUUAAAAAAAAAAAAAAAAAAAGGGGCCGGCAUUGGGUUUUCAAACCAAAGCUGUUGGCAGAAGACAAUAUUCAACUCGUGUUUCGAGCUCGUCCGUCAGAGUGCUAAAGAGAAAAGUUGUGUCACCGCCACUGAACUGCACUCGUGUGCCAAAGACGACCCGGUCUUCACCCACACCCGCUCCGCCCGCCUGCUGUCGCAUUAACAACGAUGUAUUUAUUUACUAAGAGUUGACGUUUUCAAACAAAACUACAAACUUUAGUUAACUUCAGUGACAGAGCUUUAUUUUAACCUGCACAGGCACAAUGAUGUGACGGAGGAACUUUGUAAACCACUUUGUGCCAAGAAUAUAAGGGAACUUUGAAGGUUGCAAGCAUUUCCUAUAGUCUGAGAGAGAGAGAGAGAGAAAGGGAGAGAGUUCAAACUGAGGAGUAGCCUGUCAUCACCUCUCUUAUCUCCUAAUUUAACUGUGUGGUCCAUUCACACACACACACACACACUCACUAUUGUAAGCCUGGAUUUGUCUACUGUUGUAGGCCAGCGAUUGAGAUAUGUGUCAAACCUAGUCUGAGGUCAUAAUCUCACUGCAAUGCAAAUUGUAAUUCAAAGAUCCAGGACUGUUGGUUGACAAGAUGCAAAAAAAAUUCCAAAUAUUUGUAUGUGACCCGUUGUGAAUAAUAAUGCAAGACCAAAUGUAUUGCAGUCACGUUGUUUCUAAGUUGCCAAGCGUUUUUUUCUCUUCAUUUUUUUAAUAGAUCAGAGGGUUUAGUUAGAUAACAAGGCGUCCUCAGUGUGAUUUUUAGUUGACCACAUGCUAAAGUAGCUUACAUGCAAAUCUACAAUGAAUAGUUUUGACAGUUAUGCACAGUUGCUGGUAAUGUGAGAGUACUUUGCAGAAACACAACAGGAAAAAAAAAAAAAGCUAUCAAAGUCACAUCACCUCACAUCCUGAAUCAGCCUCUUUUUUUUUUCAAACUACAUUUCAGCAUACCAGACUCUGUGGACUCACUUUUGUGACUCUGGGUGAGGUGGGAAGUGAACAAGAAGUGCAAGGAGUACGCUAGUGUGCAUUUUGUAAUUCACAGUAAUAAAUCCUCAUCAAUACGGCUCUGUCAGUUAUAGAUAAGCUUCAUGUUUCUUGAUAGAUUGGGUAAUAACUGGCUCAGAUGUGUUAACUAAACCUGCAGUUCCCUGUUUAAAACAUGAGUACGGUCUGAACACCAUGCAAACCUUUUCAAUCAUUGUUUAACAGAAAAAAUAAAAUAAAUCUGUGGGAGAAAAUCCCCAAAAACAUUCAAACUCGCACACUUCCGUUGCAUGUUCACAUUUUAUUAAUUCCUCAGAUUGUUUUCCUGUUUUGUAGUUUUUAUCUACGGCCGCUCUGUGUGUUGUGUGUUUGCAGAAAUAGAGCUGGGUGCAGCAGAUUAUUUUUUUAUAUAUGCUUUUAGAAGUUUCCUGAUCUGAUUCUGUGUACCUGUGCUGUCAACCCAGCAGAAAGCAGCUGCCUCAUGGUUUUAUUUAAAAAAAAAAAAAAAAAAAAAAAAUGUCUCACUGUAGUCCUGCUAAAUAAUACACACUAAUGUUGUUUUUUUUGUAAGUGCCUGCUUCCUUUUAAGCCCAACCAAGUCGAGCAAUUUCACCCCUUUUCAGUCUGGUGUAAUUGGUUUGAAUUGUCUAUUUAUUAUGUGGAUGACUUGAAAGAAAUAAACACUGAAAAUGUG